AUGGAAGACGCGCUGGCAGGCGCAGACGUCGACCUGAGGAAGGGAGCAUGGACGGCAGAAGAGGAUGACCUCCUGCGGAAGCUCGUCGAGACGCACGGGCCGAAGAACUGGUCCACGCUGAUCGCACAGGGCAUUCCGGGGCGAUCGGGCAAGUCGUGCAGACUGCGCUGGUGCAACCAGCUCAACCCCGAGGUCAACAAGCAGCCCUUCACGGAGUGGGAGGAUGCCGUGAUUGUCUUGGCGCAGCGCGAGUACGGCAACCGCUGGAGCAUCAUCGCGAAGAUGCUGCCGGGCCGCACGGACAACGCCGUGAAGAACCACUGGAACUCCACGCUCAAGCGCAAGCACCAGAGCAACACGCUGUCGAACCGCCACAUUCGCCGCGACGCGCGGUUGGAGGACCUGUUGCGCGGCACGGACGUGUCGCGGCCCGAGGACCCGCGCGCGGGCGCGCAGGCGGGCGCCGGGGGCCGCGGGAACGGCGCGGGCGCGGCGGGCGCCGCGGGUCGGCGCCGGGCGCGUCGCAGGGGUCGUUGGGCGGCGACGAGGGCGUGCGGCGGGGCGCGCGGCGCCGCCGCGGACGCGACGAGCGGGCGCAAGCGCGGGCGGCGCAGCACGCGCGCCGGGCCGGCUGCGUCCGGCGCGGACAGCGAGGGCACGUUCGCGAGCGAGGAGGGCCGGCCGUCGAGCAGCGCGCGCCCGUCUUGGCGACGGUCGCCCGACUCGACGGCGCGCGGGUCGCCGACGCGGCACCUCCCGGGCGCUGGGCGCGGCAGGGGCGCGCGCGCGCGGCCGUGGCCGCGGAGGCCGAGGGGGCGCGCGGGGCGGCGGGCUGCACGGCGGGUGCGGCGGCGCGGCGCUGGGCGCGCGGGGGGGCGCGCGCGGGGACGGCGGCGGGCGCGGCGCGCUGGGCGGGCGGACGGGCACGCGCGGGCGGCGCGCGCAGCAGAGCCUGCAGCGCACGGUCCUCGAGCGCCAAACGCGCCCUUCUGCGCAGGAGGCUGA